CUCUUCAAAGGACAGGAUGGGCCGGUUACUGACCACCCUGAGAAUCUAACCCUGGCCUUGUACAACAGUUGUAACAUCACCACCUACACAAACAGGAAGAUGGACAAUAAAGAGAACAUGAUGGGGUCUCGGCGCCCACCCCAACCCCGACCCAGCCCCCUCGGCGCCUUCGGAGUCCCUGAUGUCCCUCUGGGGCCGGCCCAGAGUACCCGGAGCCAUCGCCGGCUGGCUCACCCGUCCCCUGACACCACAGUUUCUCUACCCUUACGAGCGUAUGGGCCACCGCCGGUUACUGAGGAGGGAAUCCCCACCCUACAACCACUCCAAUAUUGUCCUUUUUCCUCCUCUGACCUCUAUAAUUGGAAAACUAACCACCCUCCUUUUUCCGAUGACCCCCAACGCCUCACUGGCCUGGUGGAAUCCUUAAUGUUCUCUCAUCAGCCAACCUGGGAUGAUUGCCAACAGCUAUUGCAAACUCUCUUUACUACAGAAGAGAGGCAGAGAAUCCUGCUGGAAGCCAGAAAAAAUAUCCCCGGACCCAACGGACGGCCCACUCUGCUCCCAAAUCUUAUAGAGGCUGCAUUCCCACUUGUUCGCCCGGAUUGGGACUUCAAUAUGGCAGAAGGUAGGGAGCAACUGACAGUCUACCGCCAGGCUCUAGUGGCUGGCCUCCGUGGGGCUGCGAGGAGACCCACCAAUUUGGCUAAGGUAAGGGAAAUUAUGCAGGGACCCACUGAACCUCCCUCAGUAUUUCUUGAGCGACUAAUGGAGGCUUUCCGGCGGUUCACCCCGUUCGAUCCCGCCUCUGAGGGACAAAGGGCUUCGGUGGCUAUGGCCUUUAUCGGCCAGUCGGCGUCUGACAUUAAACGUAAACUGCAGAGGCUUGAAGGAUUGCAGGAUCUCUCCUUGCAGGAUCUAAUCAAAGAGGCAGAGAAGGUUUAUCAUAAGAGAGAGACUGAAGAGGAAAAGGAGCAGAGGAAGGAGAAGGAAAGGGAAGAAAGGGAAAGUAAAAGAGAAAGGAGACAAGAAAGGAAUUUAGCUCGGAUCUUGGCCACUGUAGUCAGAGACAGGGAACCUAGGCACAACCCAGCUAAGGGGUACAAGCCUGCGUGCCCUCCUUUAGAGAAGGAUCAAUGCGCCUACUGUAAGAGAAAGGGUCAUUCGGCUAAAGACUGUCCCAAACGAUAGAAAAAAUUACAAACUCAACAAAGCCGGAGCACACCUGCUGAAGUACUUGCACUGCAUGAGAACUCGGAUUAGGGGAGACGGGGCUCGGAACCCCUCCCCGAGCCUAGGGUAACUCUCAAGGUGGAGGAGAAGCUGAUUGACUUUCUAAUUGACACGGGAGCCCAGCAUUCAGUGUUGCUUGCACCAUCAGGGACACUGUCUAAAAAGAAAUCCUGGGUCAUAGGGGCCACAGGACAUCAGCAAUAUUCCUGGACUACUAAUAGGACGGUAGAUUUAGGAAAAAGACAAGUAACCCAUUCAUUCUUAGUAAUCCCUGAAUGCCCUGCGCCGUUAUUGGGACGGGAUUUACUCACUAAAAUGGGGGCCCACAUUAGCUUUACUCCAAGAGGCCCAAAAGUCUCUCAUGACGCUCAGACUUUUAUCUUGACUAUGCGUUUAGAAGACGAACACCGGCUAUUUAAAGGGCCACCUAACAUCACAGAUCCGCUCCAGAGUUGGUUACAAAAAUACCCGGGAGCAUGGGCCGAAACAGCUGGGGUAGGCUUGGCUGUUAACCAACCUCCGAUUAUAAUAGAACUCAAAACUACCACGUCUCCGGUGGCGGUCCGCCAAUAUCCCAACCGAGAAGCCCGGGAAGGCAUUCGACCCCACAUCCACCGUCUGUUAGCCCUGGGCAUCCUAAAGACGUGUCAAUCCCCCUGGAACACCCCCCUGUUACCUGUCAAAAAACCAGGCACCAGUGACUAUCGCCCUGUACAAGAUUUACAGGUGGUCAACAAACGGGUACUGGACAUCCACCCCAUGGUACCCAAUCCUUAUAACUUGCUGAGCUCUCUCCCUCCUGAAUGGGACUGGUAUACUGUGCUUGAUUUGAAAGAUGCAUUUUUCUGCCUCCGGUUGCACCCCUCUAGUCAGGAACUAUUUGCUUUCGAAUGGAGGGACCCCGAUACUGGUAUCGCGGGGCAGCUAACCUGGACCUGGCUACCUCAGGGCUUCUGACACUCGCCGACCAUAUUUGAUGAAGCUCUCCACCAUAACCUAGCCCAUUUUCAAGCCAGCCAUCCUGAGGUAACUCUCCUUCAAUACGUGGAUGACCUGUUACUUGCAGGAAAAACCAAGGACAUCUGUCAGCAAGGGACAGAGCUUCUCUUGGAGGAGCUGGCCCAACUGGGAUAUCAGGCCUCUGCUAAGAAAGCCCAACUUUGCAAAAAGGAGGUAACUUACCUAGGCUACACCCUAAAGGAUGGGAAAAGAUGGCUCACAGAUGCUAGAAAGCAACAGAUUCCUACUCCACGCACUCCCCGACAGGUACGAGAAUUUUUAGGGACUGCGGGAUUCUGCCGCUUGUGGAUCCCCGGAUUUGCCACCCUGGCAGCCCCCCUUUACCCAUUAACGAAGGAAAAGACUCCCUUCAUAUGGGGUACUGACCAACAACGAGCCUUCGACGACAUUAAACAAGUCUUAUUGUCCACGCCGGCUUUGGCUUUACUGGACGUGACAAAGCCCGUUAUUCUACAUGUAGACGAACGAAAAGGCGUAGCCCGAGGAGUGUUAACAGAAUCUUUAGGGCCCUAGAACAGACCGGCAGCUUACCUCUCAAAAAAAUUAGAUCCAGUGGCUGCAGGAUGGCGCCUGAGGUCCAUAGCGGCCGUGGCGACAUUGGUGAAGGAUUCAGAUAAAUUAACUAUGGGACAGAAACUGUUGGUCGUUGCACCUCAUGCAUUAGAGAGCAUAAUCCGACAGCCCCUUGACUGGUGGUUAUCUAAUGCUCGCAUGACCCACUACCAGAGCCUUCUAUUAGACAAAGACAGAGUUCACUUCCGAUCCCCAGUUGCUCUCAAUCUUGCCACCCUGCUGCCUGAUGCAUCUACUCCGGGGACAGUUCUUCAUACUUGCCAAGAAAUAUUGGCAGAAGAAACCAGGAUUCGGCAUGAUCUGCAGGAUCAGCCAAUGCCUAACGCUCAGCUAACCUGGUUCACCGACGGAAGUAGUUAUCUCCUGGCAGGUAAGCAGGUGGCAGGAGCUGUGGUGGUGGAUGAAGAGCGGACUAUUUGGGUGAGUAGCUUGCGCGAGGGGACCUCAGCUCAAAAAGCCGAGCUCAUAGCUCUAACCCAGGCCCUACGGCUGGCUGAAAAUAAAACUGUAAAUGUCUAUAUGGACAGCCAGUAUGCCUUUGCCACCACCCACGUACAUGGGGCUAUCUACAGACAGCGGGGCUUAUUGACCUCAGCUGGCAAGGACAUUAAACAUAAAGAACAGAUCCUCAAUCUGCUGGAGGCCAUACACCUCCCCCGGCAAGUGGCAAUCAUACACUGCGCUGGGCAUCAAAAAGGAAACAAUCGGGUAGCAAAAGGAAACCGGCGGGCGGAUCAGGAAGCAAAACGGGCAGCAAAGGGGCCCUGCAUACUGGCGGUCCAGCAGUUAGCAGCCUCGCCUGUAGAGAGCCCUAUGGGGACUCUCGUUUACACCGAACAGGACCUAUUGGACAUUGAUAAGCUGGGUCUACAUUCAUUUACCACCAAAGGGGUAUGAAAGAACCCUGAGGGAAAAAUUAUUCUUCCCCGGAAAAUGGCGAUUGCCUUUCUCAAACAGCUCCACCGCCUAACCCACUUAGGCUCUAAACAUUUGACAACGUCUGCUCAAUGGUCUUUGUAUCAUAUCCUGGACCUACCUAAAUUAGCUAAGUCAAUAGUACAGAGUUGUAGGCCUUGUCAGCUCGUGAAUGCCUGUCCCAAUAAGGUGCCCCCAGGAAAACGGCUCCGCGGAGACUGCCCCAGCUGCCACUGGGAAAUGGAUUUUACUGAAAUCAGACCUGGCAAAUACGGCCUCAAAUACUUGCUAGUACUCGUUGAUACCUUUUCAGGAUGGGUAGAGGCUUUCAGCUCACUAAAAGCUCUUGAAGUUGUACAAGAGGUCUGGAGCCAGCUGGCAGAAGCCUAUAAGCACGACGAGACUCAGAUCCCUCAUCAAUUCCAGGUUGGGGACUAUGUGUAUGUUCGCAGGCACCGGACUGCCAACUUGGAGCCGAGGUGGAAGGGACCCUUCCUGGUAUUGCUGACGACCCCCACCGCGCUAAAAGUAGAUGGCGUCUCCUCCUGGAUCCAUGCUUCCCCUGCCAAACCAGCGCCGCUGCCGGACUCGACUUGGACAGUGGAGAGACAUGACCAUCCACUCAAGCUUCGUGUUCGUCGAGACCGUCCUGCUCUGUCUGAUGAUGCUGCCCCAGAUAAGUACUGUUGA